AUGACGACAAUUAAUGACAGGUUUUCUUACGAUUCGGGUGUACGCGUAUUGCCGUCGCCCGGUAUGAAAGCCGUACAACACACAGUUGCUAGCAUUAACCCUAAGCACGACCUUGCUGAGAAGUUACAUCUGUCUGUCUCUGAACUAAAUGGCUAUACUGCUCAAGCAUCUACAUGGGUACUUGAUCCCGACAACCCGGAAGAUGUGACACCAAUUGACGGUAUUGGGGAACUCUGGAUUGAAGUCCCUCUAUUUGGACGACGAUUAAAUUUCGAAUAUAUGGAUGUCAACAUAAAAUAUUCCGUUAUGUUGGGUCACGCUAAUUCGGAGGAGCCAGAGAAGGUGAAGGGCCUGCUAUAUCGGACAGGUGAUCUGGUCAGACGGCGGCGUGACGGAAAACUGGUACACAUUGGACCAAAAGAGUCAAUGGUCAGAAUCCGCGGCAAAAAUGUUGUGCUUUAUGAGGUGGAAGAGCAAGUGAAGCAUUUUCUGCAGGAUCAAGAUGAUAUACGGAUCAGAGAGAUGAAUAUUACUGCUGAGACGUUCCGCACCGCCGGGACCCCAGACACCGAAGAAGAUGAUGCUGUUUUGUUAUUGAUCUUUUUGGCUCCGGGAGGUGUUCAAACCAUUAGCCACAGCAAAGAUGGCUCGAAUGAUGAGCAAACCGCGGCAGUUAAAAGUCUCGCUUCAAGUUUACGAGCUCAACUCGCGAAGACUCUUCCACCACAUUUGGUGCCGGAUGUAUUUCUUCCAGUUGAACAUAUACCUAGGACAUCCCAAGGCAAAGUGGACAGGUCAGGACUCCGAGAUAUAGCCAUACAGGCUUCAUGGAUGGACUUCUGGAAAAUCUCAAUGUUAAGUAAUACCAAUUCCUCCUGCGAAAGCCAUACCGAGAUUCUAGGGCGGGAGGUCAGCUCACUGCUGCUUGGAGAUAGCAACAAGAGCAUGCGGACUGAGCCUUCUGACAUCAUGCUGGGAGCAAUGACCCAUACAUUAUCCAGAAUAUUCUCUGAUGGCUCAAUCCCGGAGGUCUUUGUUGUGAAGACUAUCACGGGUAUGCAGCUUAUUCAAAACUUGCCUGCGCCGGACAGCACAGUGCUCACGGAAAUACGCCAUGCAAAGGAACUCAGAAAAGGAAGACAAAAAUCUGCAGAAGGCCCUCAAAGCCCCCAAAAAGUCGACUUUCUAUUCAACUUCCAUGAGCAGUCCAAGUCCAGUCAACAUGUUGCCCGUGACGAACAAAUAGCACCGCCCUCGGCUCUGCGUCAGGCGGUCGUUGAGAUUGAAGCUCGUGUUCAAGACGGCCAAAUUUUCAUCACGUUUUCGUUCAACAGAUAUCUGCAGCAUAGAACUUUACUUCACGAAUGGAUGAAGACGUAUCUGCACACAGUAUCUUCAGCAGCGCAAGAUCUACUUCACAUGCCGUCGACUUUCAGCCCUAGUGAUUUCCCUCUCUUGGACAUAUCAUCAUCUGGAAGAGACACCCUGAUCAGUGAAGUGCUCCCUAGCAUGAGACUUAGACCAGAGGAUAUAGUGGACAUAUGUCCCUGUUCUCCUCUACAAGAGGGAGUCUUGCUGAGCUCAUCCUCAUACGCAGACUACCGGGUCUGGAAGUGCAUCCCUUCUGACGACAAGGCGAUAUCGCCAAGUCGACUACAAGCAGCAUGGAAGGCAGCCAUAAGCCAGCACAGAAUUUUCUCUACCAUAUUUGGCUUACAUCCAGAGGGAAACAGCUAUGUGCAAUUCAUUCUCAACAACGUGGAGAUCCAGGUUUUUCAGAUUACGACCGAUUCAUGUCCCGCUACGACCCUAGCGGAGCUUCCGAGGCCGCAGUUCACAGCAUACAGACCAAAGCAUACGUUUACCAUCUGUCAGUCGGGCACAGGAGACAUCGCCUGUAGAUUUGAUGUGUGUCAUACACUUUAUGAUUCGUACUCCUUGUCUAUUCUACUGCAGGACACACUUGAUUUCUACAAUGGCAAAGCUCCGCCAGCUGCUCAACCGUUCAGCGACGUUGUUAGGCACAUCAAAAGUAGACCCAAGUCGGAAACUACAGGCUUUUGGAUCGAUUUUCUGUAUGGCAUAAAGCCAUGCAAGCUUCCUGGAUUCCAAUCGGUGGCAGAUACUGGAAAGCAAUAUGUAAAUAGUAGCAUCUUCCUUCCAGCAGAGUCUCUGGCAGACAUCGCGGGCUUUUGCAAGAGAAAUUGCAUUACUCGUUCGAUUUUCAUGCAUGUAGCCUGGGCUCUAGUGUUGUCUCACUAUACUGGCACAGAAGAUGUGUGCUUUGGCUAUAUGGCAUCUGGUAGAGACGCCCCAGUGGACGGGAUCAACAGGAUUGUCGGCCCGCUGGCAAAUAUGCUAGUAAACCGCAUUGAUCUGCGCAAGACACUUCGAGAACUCUUUAAAUCAACUGCGGCAACAUUGAGAGAGCACCGAAAACAUCAGCAGACAUCCUUGGCGGAGGUACAGCAUGCCUUGGGAGUUUCGGGUGGGCUCUUCAACACGAUGGUGUCGCUCCUUCGAACCAACCCCUUUGGCCAAGACGAGAAAGAGGGAUUUUCGUUUGCAAAGCAUUGUCUCGUGAGCUCCCAUGAGUUUGACCUUGUCCUUGAGGGCUACUUAGAUCCUGAUAAGGUGAGCGUCACUAUGUAUUAUAGAACGGCCUUUGUCAGUCACCAGGUGGCUCAAGAGGUGUGUGCUAUGUUGAUACAGGCCGCCAACUACCUUGUUUCAACCGAGACAUGGUGCCAGAAACAAGAUUUUGCUUCAACCCCACAAAGCAUCAAAGCUGAAGACAAUGAUCAUCGAUUGAUUGAGCAUCUACCCGACCAAUUUUUUAAACACGUCAUUGGAACAGAUAGGAAGUCAACAGAAGAAUUUUGGAGAAAUCAAUUUGCCGGUCUAGAGAGCUCCCGUACUCACUGCUACAGAACAGAGGCGAAAUCCCGUCCGAGAUCUGACGAUGUGGAAUUGACAACUGAUGGAAUCGAAUGGAGCGGACCCCAUCACCCGGAGACAAUGAUCAGGGCAGCAUGGUCAGUCGUGGUAGCGCAAAUGAGCGAGUCGACUGAGGUAUUGUUCGGAGUAAGUCUGAUGAGUCGUCAAGCAACGUUGCCUGGUAUUAGAACGGUUGAAGGCGGAGACCGCUCAGUAGUACCAUUCCGACUGCAAGUGGAUUGGGCAGCUAGCGCUCAGGAGUUCUUGAGUACUGUUUAUGACAAGGAGAAAGACAUAGCAGCAUUCCAUGGAGCUGGUUUACACUGGCUCCGCCAGUUAGGCAGCGAAGCAAUGGCGGCCUGUGAUUUCCAAUCGCUUCUAAUCAUUGAACGUGCCAGCGAAGACGCGGCCGUGGACAAAAGCAAUGGAGUUCUGGAAAACGAGCAAGAUUGCGGAGGUUAUGGUAUCAUCAUAUAUUGCUGUGCUUGGCCCAAUAAGCUUCGUCUACGGGUCAGUUUUGGCCCCGAGCAAGUAUCUGGGACUCACAGAUCUCGAAUAACUCACCAAUUUGGGCAUGUUCUGCGCCAACUCACAAAUGCCAAACGGCGGGAUGAUAGACUCGCGGAUAUGGCAUCCAUUGGGGAGAAAGAUUUGGAGGAUGUCUGGAAGUGGAACACUAACGUCCCGAAGCCAGUCGAUAUAUCCAUUAUCGAUUUGUUCAAAGCGGAAGCAAUCUCACAUCCCGAGUCGAUUGCAGUCCAUGCAUGGGAUGGUGAUUUGACGUAUGAGCAGCUUGAUGCACUAUCAACUAAGCUAGCUCGACAACUGAUUGCCAAGGGUAUUGGGCCAGGCACAGUCGUGCCACUAUGCUUUGAGAAGUCAAAAUGGAUGUCUGUGGCCAUGCUCGGAGCAGUGAAGACCGGCGCAGCAGGAGCAGGUAUAGACCCUGCACAACCGGAAAAGCGACUACGCACAAUUAUGAUGCAAGUCGGGGCAUCCUUGGUUCUGUCAUCAACCAAGAAUGUAGAUUUAGCACGACGAAUAGGACAGUGCGAGGUCCUAGGUGUAGAUGGAAAUGCUUUUUCGACGCCUAAUACGCAACAAAACAGCGAGCUGCCAAACAUCGACCCGUCACAGAACCUUUAUAUAGUCUUCACCUCUGGCAGCACUGGAAUUCCGAAGGGUGUCGUUGUCAACCAUCGAAGUUAUAGCACGGCAGUUCUCCACCAACAUGAAUCCUAUGGAUUUACCCCUGGUUCGCGGGUGUUUGACUUCUCAUCGUAUGCCUUUGACGCGGCCUGGUAUAAUCUUCUUCACACACUGACGAGUGGCGGUUGUCUCUGUGUUCCCUCAGACGAGGAGCGGCAAAGCGACCUUGAAAAUUGCUUUGGGAAAUACGACGUUACGGUGGCAUUCCUCACUCCAUCAGUUGCUCGUCAUAUUAGCCCUAAGGCUCUGAGUCGGCUGGCUACCUUGAUGCUUGGAGGUGAAGCUGUUUUUCCCAGCGACGUGUCCCUUUCUAGCGACAACACACAGGUCAAGAUUAUAUACGGUCCCUCCGAAUGCACCCCAAUGACAACAUGCUACGAUUUAUGCGCGUCUAGACAUAUUGCACUUGGCCGUGGAGUUGGAGCAUGCACAUGGGUUGUCGACCCCGAUGAUCAGAAUCUACUUACACCGAUUGGAAUGGUUGGCGAGUUGUGGCUUGAAGGGCCUCUGGUAGGUCAGGGAUACCUCAACGAUCCCGAAAAGACGUCCUCGGCUUUUAUAGAAGAUCCUGGAUGGCUUCUACAAGGGUCAUCAAAACAGCCUGGCCGACGCGGUCGACUGUAUCGCACGGGUGAUUUGGUGCGGUAUGAAAAUGAUGGCACCCUCGUGUUUGUUCGGCGAAAGGACACACAGGUCAAAAUUCGUGGUCAGCGUGUUGAACUUUCCGAAGUAGAGCAGCACAUCUGCAGAGCCCUCGAGGCUGUCAAAGAUUCCACAGGAAGUUGGCAAGUUGUUGCAGAAACCAUUCGCUCAGACGAAACAGACAACUUGAUACUCAUUGCCUUCAUCAGUCCCGCAAAUGCCAACAUGAUGUCGGAAGACCAGUGUGUCAAGUUGGUCAAAGAAGCUACAUCAGAGCUGUCGUCUCGCCUAGCUGGCGUGUUGCCAGCUUACAUGGUGCCAAAUGCGUAUAUACCAAUGCAAAGCUUUCCGAUGACAAUCACCGGCAAAACCGAUCGUGUUCGUCUUCGCAAACUGGGCACUGCACAAUGGAAACAGCAUACUAGCCUUGAAGGUGAUAGCGAGGGUUCAACAGCGUCAAACAGCAUGGAGGCUCUCCUGCAAGAGAUUUGGAUGACGGUGCUCAAUCUACCGGCGGAAGUUGUUUCCGUCAACAAGCCCUUUACAAGACUCGGUGGUGAUUCUAUUACGGCCAUGCAAGUUGUUUCCAAGUGCCGCGCACAUGGUAUAUCUUUGACUGUUGGGAACGUUCUCCGGGCAAGCACCAUCCAGAAACUGGCACUCCAAUGUAAUCAGAUCGUACUCCAAAACACUUUGCCAGCACGGGAAUACAAUGAGAAAGAAACAGGCGAACCAUUUGGCCUGUCGCCAAUUCAGAAUAAGUUCUUUGACAUAUUCCCGGAGGGAAUCGACUUCUUCAACCAGAGCUUUGUUCUGGACCUUAAUCGAUCUGUGCCGACCACGACGCUUCACAAUGCGUUGAAAGCAUUGGUUACCCGUCACAGCAUGCUUCGAGCGCGUUACCGGCAGAACGCAAACGAUCAAUGGGAGCAGAUUAUUGCUGAAGAUAAUUUGUCCAGUUUCGCAUUUGCAAACCACAAUGUAGCCCGUCGUUCCGAUGUUCUACACAUUGCGCAGAAUCGCCAAGCCCAGCUGGACAUCUUGGAGGGGCCUGUAUUUGCUGCUGAUUUGUUCAACAUUGCAGGAAUCGGCCAAAUGCUAGUACUAUCAGCCCACCAUUUGGUAGUUGAUCUUGUAUCCUGGCGGAUCAUAUGGAAUGAUGUGGAGGAAUACAUCAAAUCCGGAACAUUACGACCUCAAGCAGGACCACCCUUCCGAACAUGGUGUCGAUUACAGCACGACGCGGCGAAGUGUCUAAAGCCAGAAGAGGUGCUGAAAUUUGAUAUACCAAAGGCCGACCUGGCUUUCUGGGGUGUAGAGAUGGUGGAUAACAUUAGUGGUGUCUCUGAGGAUUGUAUCACGAUCUUGAGCGCCGAGACUACCGAUUUAUUGCUAGGGAAGUGCAAUGACACUCUGCGAACAGAAACCCUUGAUAUCAUCCUCGGCGCAUAUGCAUAUUCAUUCUACCAAGCAUUCUCAGAACGCAAGAUGCCAGCCAUUUUCAUCGAAGGCCACGGCCGUGAGCAAUGCGCCAGCCUUCCAAUUGAUGUAUCGGGCACUGUUGGGUGGUUCACCACUGUACAUCCUCUGCUAAUCGAGAUGUCUUCCGAAAGUACCAUCAUCAAUGCGAUUCGUGUUGCCAAAGAUACCAGGCGAAGCAUACCGGGCAAGGGGCAACCGUAUUUUGCCUCACGUUAUCAUGAUCCUACAUGUCAAAAGCAGUUCCAACAUCACGACGAGAUAGAGCUUUUGCUCAACUUUGCCGGAAGAUACCAGCAACUAGAAAGUUCUGAUGGGUUAUUCAAGUUGGCGGAAGGUUUUGACGACGGUCACAAGCUAGAGGUGGUUUCUCAGUCUUCAAAGCGGCUUGCCUUGAUUGAGGCCAAUAUAGCUGUGCAGGGCGGCAAAUUAGUCACUACGUUCACUCUGAAUCGAAACAUGAAGCACCAGGCGAGAUUACGACAAUGGUUCCAAGAUUUCAACCAGACUAUAGACCUUGCUCUACAAGCCUUGCAGCAAACAUCACCAAGCCUCACGUUGAGCGAUCUUCCAUUAAUGCCAAUCUCAUACCGUGGGCUAGACAGGCUAUUGAAGCAGCAGCUUCCAGAUAUGGGAGUUGAAGCGGAGAAUGUCGUCGACAUAUAUCCGACCUUACCUAUGCAGGAGGGCAUUUUGUUGAGCUCAGGUACUGGUUCGAGCUCUUAUGCAACCUUUUGGAUCUGGAAAUGCACACCGAGCGACUCGACACAAAGCAUCUCGCCCUCUCGCCUAGAAGAAGCAUGGCGACUCGUCGUAGAUCGUCAUGCCAUUCUGUCGACCAUAUUCGGGCUGCAUCCUGAAGGUAGCAAUUUCGUCCAGAUUCUUCUCGACGGACCGCAAAUCCGCGUGUCGCAUCAGGUCAUUGAUACGGACAAUUUGACAGAUGAUUUAUACAACAUCGACAGACCAACUUUUGCAACCAGUGAGCCACAGCAUGCUUUCACAGUUUUCCAAAGCCGAACUGGAGAAGUAGCGUGUAGACUAGAUAUCAAUCACACUCUCCUGGAUGGCGCAUCACUGACGCCGCUGGUACACGAUCUCGCCACUGCCUACGAUGGCCAGCAUCUACCACCUGCUCCGUCUUUCAAAGAGAUGGUUCAAUACGUUAGAAGUAUCGACGGAGCAAAGCGCAUAGAAUUCUGGUCACAUUUUCUCGAAGGCGUCAACUCGUGUGAAGUGGCGACGUGUUAUACGCCAGAGCCUGGUUUUGCGGAUACCUUCAGAUACAUCGAUGUGCCAAGCUCGUCAACUGCGGGUAUAUCAAGCUUUUGCAAAGGCAUGGGCAUCACUCGAGCCGUUUUCUUACAGGUCGCGUGGGCCAUGGUGACUUCUCAGCUCACCGGGAAGGAAGAAGUCUGCUUUGGAUACUUGGCCUCCGGAAGAGACGCUCCAGUGGACCAUAUUAACAGGAUGGUUGGCCCGCUUGCGAAUAUGCUAAUCAGUCGUAUAAAUCUUGGCCAACCCUUACCCACUGUUCUCAAGGCUGUCUCUGCCGAUUCAAUCGGCCGCCUAGAUUAUCAGCAUGUAUCAUUGGCUGAGAUCCAGCACGAAAUCGGCUUUACGGGCCGACGGUUGUUCAAUACGGCGAUGACCGUCCGGGAGGAAGACGGAUUUGAGCAGUGCGACGAGCGAAACAUAUUAUUCAAGCUUUGUGCCUACCAGGAUCCACACGAGUAUGACCUUCUUCUAAGUAGCCGGCUUAUGAAAGAUUCCAUGAUUGUCUCGGUGCAGAUCCGGGAGGCAACAAUCAGUUCCCAAUUUGCUGAAGAAGUUGCAGGUACUCUUGCCAAAGCUAUAGAUACUCUUCUAAACACCAAACAGUUUCCUUCACUCGAUGUAGGCGAUGAUGACGACGGUGGCUCGUUCGGAGCAGAGUCACUGUAUGAUGAGUUUUUCCGCCGUGUUACUGGACAUGAUACGAUUACAACUAUGGCAUUCUGGAAGCAGCAAUUCACAGACUUAGAUGCCGCACACUUCCGACACUCAAGUGGUGGAGUGCGAUAUCACGAUCCCUACAAUGGUCAAAGCCGCGUGGUCAAUCGUGGCCGCAAGGAACGCAGGCUCUUCGAUGCGUUGUUCGGCGUCAGUUUGUCUCAAUCCGCCCUGCCAAUUCGCAUAGGUAUCGAUUGGGAAAGCAGUACGCAAAACUUCUUGAAUCAGGUGCAAGGGCAAGUGGAAGACUUGGCUCUAUUCGAGCAAAGCUGUCUCUACCUAAUCCGUCAGGCAAGUGACGAGGCGGCUAUGGGAUGCAAAUUUCGAACAGUCUUGGUAUUUGAGAACGUCGACGGCCCAGUAGAGGGCAUUGUGCAAAAUCUUGAGGCCUACAGCAUCGUGGUUUUUUGUCGACCUGUUAACAACGGGAUGAAAUUUCUGAUUCGGUUUGAUCAUGAAGUUGCGAGUAAGUCUAGCAUGUCUCGCAUUGCCAGCCAGUUUGAACACACACUUCACUGCUUGUCUGAUUCCGUGUCAAUGGACAAGAAACUUAAAGAUACAGUUUCUGUAAGCCCUUCUGAACUCCAGAAAAUCUGGGGCUGGAAUGCUACGGUGCCCAGUGCCACAGAGUCUUGCGUCCACAAGUUGAUUCAUCAAAGAGUCCAAGCUCACCCGGACGCACCAGCUAUCUGCGCCUGGGAUGGCGAGUUGACCUACAGAGAGCUAGACCGGUUUUCUACCAUACUUGCCAGCCGCCUCAUCAUUAUGGGGGUUGGGCCUGGCAAGGUGGUGCCAUUAUGCUUCGAAAAGUCAAUGUGGGCUGCUGUAGCUAUGUUGGCAGUCAUGAAGACGGGAGCUGCAUCCACGGCUAUGGAUACGACGCAGCCAGAGGGGCGUCUGCGAGUCAUCGUGUCAGAGCUCAGCGGAAAACUGAUUCUUUGUUCAGAUGCUAACGAAGAACUCGCUCGUCGCCUCGGUGCAGAUGACGUAGUAGUUGCAAGUGGCGGGCGUCUCUCAGAAUACGAAGCUAGCAAGAUGGAGAACGACCUUCCUACGUCUAGUCCUUCUGAUGUUCUGUACGUAGUAUUUACUUCAGGAAGUACUGGAACUCCAAAAGGCACAAUGAUUACGCACCAGAAUUUCAGCAGCAUCAUAAGCUAUCAGAGAGACGGACUGGGGCUCUCAAGCGCCUCCAGAGUGUAUGACUUUGCGUCCUACGCCUUUGACAUUGCUUGGUGCAACUUUUUGCACGCCUUAGCUUGUGGAGGCUGCUUGUGUAUUCCUUCAGAAACCGAUCGACGCAACAACAUCGAGGGUUCUAUUACGGCUUUGCGAGCGAAUUAUGCCCAUAUCACGCCCACGGUUCUGCGAUGUCUCAAUUGGUCCAAGUUGACCACGAUUGAAGUCCUCAAUCUCAGCGGAGAGGUUGUGCUUCCAGGUGACAUCACUCUUGUGCCUCGAGGCAUCAAAGUAGUCAAUGCCUAUGGUCCAGCAGAGACUAAUGUUGUCACCGUACACGAUCUCACCACGUCGACACAAUUAGAAGACGUUUCGAUUGGUCGUGGCGUCGGUGCUUGCACAUGGGUAGUAGAUGUUGACAAUGUCAACUCCCUGGUGCCAAUCGGAGCCGUUGGCGAGUUAUGGAUUGAAGGUCCUUUGGUCGGAAAGGGGUAUAUAAAUGACAAAGAAAGGACGGCCAAAGUAUUUAUCGAAGACCCAGGAUGGCUGUUACAAGGUACCAAGGGGUUCCAGGGAAGAAGAGGAACAUUAUACCGCACUGGAGAUCUAGCCCGUUACAACGAAGACGGAACGCUGGUAUAUAUCGGUCGAAAGGAUACUCAAGUCAAGAUUCGAGGACAACGAAUUGAGCUGGGCGAAGUGGAACAGAAUGUGAUUGCGGCACUCAAAGCCACAAAUAUCCGCGGCGUGGAUGUCGUCGCCGAAGCAGUCCGACCGCAACAGGCCGAUGGCAUGAUGCUCGUUGUCUUCAUUUCAUUGCUUGGCUCAGAUGAUAUGCCGGAAGAUGAUCACAGCACCGCUGUAAGGAAAGCUACUGCAGGAUUGAGUGAGCGUCUUUCAGACACGCUGCCUGCUUACGUGAUCCCGUCGGUAUAUUUACCCAUUCGAGAAAUGCCUCGAACUGUCACCGGGAAAACAAAUAGACGGGAGCUCAGAGAAAUGGUUACAUCACAGACGAUGGAAGAGAUUGUUGCACUCGGCCGUUCAAAUGAUCACAUACAACAGCCGGAGACAGACAUGGAGAAGGCUAUGCAGAGACUCUGGGCUGACGUGCUUAAUAUUAGUCAAGAAAGCAUUGGCGUCGAGGAUAGUUUCUUCCGGGUCGGCGGAGAUUCCAUCGGAGCCAUGAAGCUUGUGAGUCUAGCGCGGGAUCAAGACAUCAUACUUACUGUAGGUGAUAUUUUUCAGCAUCCCGUUCUUCACAAUCUAGCAUCAGUCGCAGUUUCGCAAAGCCUGGAUCAGGGCCAUAUUAUUCCAACAUUUUCACUACUGGGCAAUCGCGGUGUUUGCAUUGAAGAUGAUCUCAGAGCGGUAUCAUCGCAGCUGAGUCUUGACAAAGAUAGGAUCCUCGAUAUUGUACCGUGCACACCUUUGCAGGAAAAUUUGAUGCUUCGCGAGGAAGGCGAGUGUCUGCGACUCUCAUCUGCACACUCUAUGGAGAUUCGCAAGGACAUCGAUCUGAACAAGUUCCAAGACGCUUGGAAUCAAGUGGUAUCCCGGAAUGCUAUUUUAAGGACACGAAUCAUCCAUAUCCAAGGCCAUGACUGGGUGCAGGUUGUCUUGGAAGAUAUGGUGGAAUGGAUCCAAAGUGAGACUUUCGAAGAGUAUCGAGAGCAUUCAGAAAGAAAUCCAAUGGGACCAGGCACACGGUUGGUCCGGUUUGGCAUUGUCGAGGCCCCCGGCGGUGGUUGUCGUCAUUUUAUUUGGGAGUUGCAUUGGGCAGUGUACGAUGGAUGGGCUCUCCGGCUAAUGCUAGCAGAAGCAGAGAAGAUAUACUUCAACAAGAGGGUGUAUGCGUUGGAGAACACACUAGCUUUCAUCGAGCACAUCAAAUCUGCCGAUGACAAGCAAGUAUAUUCCUUCUGGAAGAAUCAGUUCAGCAACCUUGAAGGCUGCCACUUCCCAGCGCCAGUACCAGCAACACACCAGUAUGAAGAAGCUCAUCUAUCGGUACUGGAAGUAGACCGCAAUCUCGGAGACUUUACAAUUGCAACGAUUAUUCGAGCAGCCCUGUCAAUGGUCAUUGCCCGAAGCCUCAAUUCCACUGAAGCCAUAUUUGGGACAACAGUUACAGGCCGUCAAUGUGCAGUUGCUGGUAUUGAGCGGAUGGCGGGCCCUGCGUUUUCCACGUUACCCAUUUGCGUGUCUAUAAAUUGGGAGGCAUGCGUCAAAGAACUUCUAGAAGCCGUUCAGAAGCAAGCCACAGAUAUGAUACCAUUCGAACAAACAAGUCUUGAGAAAAUCCGCCAAAUUAGCCCUGAGGCGGCACGGGCGUGCGACUUCCAAACGCUGCUCGUCAUCCAGUCUGCUAUCAGACGGGGAGAUCCACGCUACCGAGAUGAGAGUAGUGGCAUGUUCACGCGUGGUCUCGUUGCAGGCAAGAAGACUAUUCUGGAGCUGGGUCGGCGGACUGGCUCAUACCCCUUAUAUGUUGAGUGUCAGCUUGGCGAGUUCCAUGAUGGCAGAAUUAAUCUACGUGCCUGUUUCGACUCGAGCGUCGUGGAGCUUCAACAAAUGGAGCACUUCCUUGACGAGCUCUCAACCGCAGUUCGUUGCCUAUCUGAUCCCGCGUGGAGGGAAAAGAAGCUGAAAGAUGUGGUCUUUUCAACGUCAAGUCCAACUUGUAAUGGCCAAAGUGUGUAA